AGCUCCGCCGAGCUGCGCGCUCCCCGCUCCGGCUGUGGGCGGGCUGGCGGGAGGGGCGAGGCCUGGUGGCGAGGAGUAGCGGCGGGAGAGUCACUGCAGACCCCUCAGCGCGUGGGAGAGACGCGGGCGGCGGAGGAAGCGACGAGCCGAUGGGAUAUGAGAGAAAUAUAAGGUAAAGAGUGACUCUGAAGAAAGAUGAUAUUUGGCUGUCUUUCCUUCCGGCAACCCUAUGCUGGAUUGGUUUUGAACAAAGUCAAAACAAUAGAGACUCGUUGGCGUCCUUUGCUGGUAGACUAUAAGAACUGCACUAUUGCUAUUCACAUAGCUUUUAAGGACUGGGAAGAUGAAACAUGGAAAGAGAUCCUUCUGAAUAGACUUGGCAUGACACCUACACAAGUUCAAGAGUUACUAGAUAAAGGGGAAAAAUUUGGCAGAGGAGUUAUUGCUGGGCUAGUUGACAUUGGAGAGACCUCACAGUAUCCAGAAAAUGUAUCUCCUGAAAAGAUUUUGGAGCUGGAAAAUCAAGCUGUACUCACUAGCCUGGAGCAGAAAUAUUUGACUGUUGUUUCAAAUCCAAGAUGGCUACUGGAACCUAUUCCUGCUAAAGGGGGCAAAGAUGUAUGGCAAGUGGAUAUCCCAAAGGAACUGAUCCCUUUGGAACAUUAAGCUAUAUUUGAGCCUACCUGAGUCUAAAGUUGUAGUGUCAGAUGUCAUUAGUUUAGCUUCAUAUAUGUAGGUGAUUUUUAUUUUUUCCCCAAGCUGUCUUCUUGAAUGUAUUCGUGGUGAAUGUUUUUUAUAGAAAUAGAUAUGAGGCAAAAACUGAUUUGAGUUUUUUUUGUUUUUUGUGACUCCGUAAUAAGAAGAUGAAAUAAUGAGAAAAUGUAUGGAAUUAUUUUUCUACCUACUAAUGAAGAGAUGUCAUUGUAAUGACCAUUAUUGAUGUCUAUAUUGUUUAAGUGUCUUGUAUGUGUACACAUGGACAAUUGUAAAUGUUUUUUUUUUUUAAUAUAUUGAGAUAUAGAUGUACCUAUUUUAAAUGUUGAAACCUAAAAGGAGGUGUGGCUGCAUCAGGCUGUGGGAUGAUAAUGGAAUGAAAAAGUGUUCAGUUAUAUUUGUUGUAAAUAAAAACUCGGACCCUGGUCCUAGAAAGAUUUUAUGCAUGUGAAUAGUCCCAUUGACUCCUAUAUUUAUUUAUUUUUAAAUUUCAGAAGAACUACUCAUGUAAGUAAAGUUAAGCAUGUCUUUAAGUUUUGGAUUAAAGGAGGAUUAAAUUAAAAUUCAGCAUCAGUGUUUCAGAGUAGGUUACAACUCUUAUUCUAGGACAUAGGUCUUAUUUUGAAAUAAAAUAUGAAUUUCUGCCCA